AUGUUAAUAUCUGAGGUUAGUGCAACUUAUAACCAGAAUCAAAGAAGAGAUAAUAAAGAUGUUGUUUUUAAGGUUCAUUUUUAAUAUAACUAUUUAUAAAAGUAUGUUUAUCAAUGGAACGAUAAUGCUGAAGAGCAACUUAAGAAAUAAUUCCAAAUCCAUUAAGGUAAUUGGAAAUCUAUCAGCUAAUCAUUGAAUGGACCAAGUCCUUUGGAAUGUAUGAUAAAGUGGCAAAGUCUAAAUCCUAAUCAAGUAUAUUUUGGAUAUAUUAAAAUUAAGACUCUUUCUAGACAAUUAUGGUCAUAAGAAGAAGAUGAAUAAUUGAAGGAGCUUGUUAAGAAGUACGGAAAGAAAUGGAGUAAGAUAUGUACAGUGAUGAAUUGGAGAACUGGAAAGCAAGUUAGAGAAAGAUAUCUAAAUCAAUUAUAGAUGCACAUAAAUAAUGAAAAAUGGACAGAUUAGGAAGACAAGAUGAUUUUGAAAUUAUACAAAAAGUUUGGAACAAAAUGGAGUUACAUAUCUAGUUUACUUAAUGGAAGACCUGUAUAUAUGAAUAUUAUAAUAUUCAAUAGGAGAAUAUGGUAAAAAAUAGAUUUUAUGCUACUUUGAAAAGAAGAUUUCAAAAAGAAUUAGAUGUUGAUGAUCAAAGCUAAGAUUCUGAAGAUUCUUAAGAGUCUUACAAUAUAAACAAAUAUAAAAAGAAGAAAAAGUAAAGACCUUAUAAAUUGAAUAAUGAUUCUACUUUAAUAAAAAAAUGUUAGCUUUAAGAUGCCAGUCAAUAAAUAUUCAAACGAAUUACAAGAUCUAAGAAUAACAAUCAAUAAAAAUAUUAAAUCAAAUAAGAAAAUACUUAAGAAUAAAUUCAAUAAUUAAAUAUACCUCAAAAUAAAUAGUUAAUUGAAAAAUAGGAAUAAGAAAUUAAAUCAAAUUAACUCGAAUAAUAAUAAUAAUAUGAAAUUUCAUUCAUUUAAUAGUAAUAAUAAUAAGAAAUAAUAAAUGAUUAAAUUAUUACUAAUUAUAAUUAGAUUCCAUAUAAUCCAAUAAUGUUAUUUUAACCUCUAUAAAAUAUUUAAGUUCCAUAUGGAUAUAAUUACUUAUAAUAAGUAGGUUAAAAAUAAUAUUAGUAAUAUUGUAAGUUUGAGAAUAUAAUUGAUUAAAAUCAAUAAUAUUCUAAUUAACAUAAUAAUUAUUAAUCAUUUAUUCAACCUAUAUAUAAUUAGAAAAUUGAUAAUUAUAAUUCAUAAAUUAGGUAUCAAUAAUUAUAGUAAUAUAAUUAUUAAGUAUUCCAGUGACAUUUCAUAAUUGGAUCAAAAGGACCAAUGA